AUGUCAAGAAAUUCUUCAGUUUACUUCAUAUUAUGGAUACUAAUACAAAUAUUUGUUAGAGUAAAUUGUCAAAUGACGCCCUUUAAGCCAAGUGUAUAUAAUCGUCAUACUGCUACACUCAUUGAUAAUAAAUUAUAUAUUUUGGGUGGAUAUGAUUUAAACAUAAAACGCAUAAAUGAAUUUUUUUACCUUGAUGUUUCUGUACCAUUUAAUACUCAAGAAUUAUCAUGGCAAGAUUUAUCAAAUAUUAAUAUGGUUCCACCUCAUUCUUCUGCUGCGUCAGUUAAAGGUGGUCCAAAUAAUGAUACUCUAUUUUUAUACGGAGGAGCUAGUACAGAUCAAACAAUGGCAUUGGUUUAUACAUUUGAUUCACAAAGAAUUGUAUGGAGUGUUCCAAAAAUAGCUGGAGUUAAUACAAUUAGAAAACGGAGUUUAACAGGCAUUAUUAAUAAUGACGGAAGGAUGUAUUUAUGGAGUGGGGAAACAAAUACUGAUUAUGUAAAUGAAAUGCUUAUUUUAGAUACAAUAAAUCUUAAUUGGAGUAAAGGAAGUAUAAUUAACGCCCCAACUCCAAGAAUGAAUUAUGGUGCCGUUUUAUUACCUAACAAUAAGAUUAUUUACAUAGGUGGUGAUAAUGAUGUUGCUACUACUUUUGAUACUAAUACUUUGAAUAUUGCCAAAGGAACUACUUUAACAUUAAGCGAGAUUUAUAUAUAUGAUUUGAUUAAUGACAAUUGGGAUACAAAAGUAACAUCAGGAAAAAUCCCUUCUAAUAGAGCUGAUUUUUCCGCUAUUCUUGGUUUAGAUGGUAAAAGAAUCAUAAUUUUUGGAGGAAUUUUUACAAAUACUGGAUAUUUAGAUACUACACUUUACGUAUUAGAUUUAGCUAAUUAUAAUUGGUACAUUCCAAAAAUUUCUGGAAAAAUCCCAAAUCCUAGAGCUCUUCAUAAAGCAAAUGUAAUUGGAAAAUAUAUGGUUGUAUCAUUUGGAUAUGGUUAUGAUAAAACAGUUGAAAGUGAUAUAUUAUUGCUUGAUAUUAGUAAUAAUGAAGAAUAUAUAUGGACAACAAUAUUUGAUCCAAAAAUGCCACCACCACCAACACUACCACCAUCACCACCACCAUCAACAUUGCCACCAUUACCACCACCUUCGCCUUCACCUUCGCCUUCACCUUCUUCAUUACCACCAAAUAAUUCAGGCAAUACAGCUGGUAUAGUUGUGGGAUCUUUAUUGAGUGGUAUUUUAUUAUCAGUUGGAAGUUUCUUGAUAUAUAAAUGGAAUAAAAAUAAACAAAAAACUAUUCAUGAAAAUGAUAAUAAUAAUGAUUACAGUCAAGAAGAAAAGGAGCUUCCUAUCAUAAGGGAUAUUCAUAAUUAUGAACAAGAUAUCAAUAAUAAUGAGCAAGAAACUAUUCAAAUUGAUCAAAUACCUAGAAAUGAAAGUACGUCCAAUUAUGAACCAAUAAUAAUUCCACCUCCAAUAAUUAAUAAGAAUAACUAUCAUAAGCAAGAAAUUAUUCUAACACCCGAAAAUGAAAAUACAACCAACCAUGAACCAAUAAUAAUUCCAGUUAAUGAUCAUCAUGGGCAAGAAAUUAUGCAAACGCUCCAAAAUGAAAAUACUAGCGAUCACGAACCAACAAUUCCAGCUCCAGCAGUAGUUAAUACUAAUAAUUAUAAGUAUGGGCAAGAAGUAAUUUCAACACCUAAUAAUAAUAGGAUAUCAUCACAAAUUUUUAAAGAUGAAAUUCUUCAAGCUGUUAAAAAUGAAAUUGGUCAAAAUUUGAAAAAUGAACUCCUUCAAGCUGUUAAAAAUGAAAUUGGCCAAAAUUUGAAAAAUGAACUUCUUCAAGCUGUUAGAGAGGAUAAUCUUAACAUCACAAGAAACAAUACAAACCAAGAUUAA